UCCGUCUUCUGCCCGAGCGGAUACAGAGAAAUGACUGCGACUCUGCGUCCGUAUCUAAACGCAGUGCGUGCUACACUGCAGGCUGCUCUCUGUCUGGAGAAUUUCUCCUCUCAGGUGGUGGAACGUCACAACAAGCCUGAAGUAGAAGUCCGGAGCAGUAAGGAGUUGCUGCUGCAGCCUGUCGUGAUCAGUCGGAAUGACAAAGAGAAAGUUCUUAUAGAGGGAUCCAUUAACUCAGUGCGAGUCAGCAUUGCUGUGAAACAGGCUGAUGAGAUUGAGAAGAUUCUGUGCCAUAAGUUCAUGCGUUUCAUGAUGAUGCGGGCAGAGAACUUCUUCAUCCUCCGGAGAAAACCGGUGGAGGGCUAUGACAUAAGUUUCCUCAUCACGAAUUUCCACACAGAGCAGAUGUACAAGCAUAAACUGGUGGAUUUUGUCAUCCAUUUCAUGGAGGAGAUCGACAAGGAGAUCAGUGAGAUGAAACUGUCAGUCAAUGCACGGGCUCGCAUAGUCGCUGAGGAGUUUCUCAAAAACUUCUGAUAAAGUGCCCUCACACCCUCUUCUGACUGUAACACUCAUGUCACCAUGGCAACCAGAAAGAUGGGUGGGCUAAGGAUGAAGAAGGAGGCAACAACGUUUGAACAACGAAUCAACACAGAGCACCACCAAAAGGGGGACCAAUCGGAUAUACAGGGGGUGUGGCCUGUGCCACGGAGACGAAUUUAGAGUAUUGCAGCACUGUAUAUGAUGGUUAGUUGAAUGCAAAGACAGACAUGGUACUCUAUUCUCAAUUCUUUUCAACUCUUAUACUGAAUUUCCCCAUUUUAGCCCUUUUUAAUGCCCUGGUGCCAAUUUCUGAGUUCGCUCUAUUCUGUUCUAUUCUAUUCUCUCCUGUGUCAGUUUACCACAAUAUUAUCUUGCUGUAGUUGCAGCGUUGCAAUAUUCAGAAUUAGCCUCACACUUUUCACAGGUGCUCAUGAAUAUUAAUGAGUUUGUACAUAAUGAAUAUGUAUAGACUCCUUUCACUCCUUGGCCUUCAAAAAAAACAAAAAACAAACCUCAGAUAUCAGGGCAAGUCUAUAUAAAUAAACCACCAUUAAUUUUCAGGAGCAUAAUGAAAAGUGCGUGUCGUUCCAGUAAUUUAAACAGUUUUGUC